AUGUCAGGCAGAGGAAAAGGUGGCAAGGGUCUCGGCAAAGGAGGAGCCAAGCGUCAUCGCAAGGUUCUUCGGGACAACAUCCAGGGCAUCACCAAGCCUGCUAUCCGCCGUCUGGCUCGCCGCGGUGGCGUGAAGCGCAUGUCUGGACCCAUCUACGAGGAGACCCGCGGAGUGCUCAAGGUAUUCCUGGAGAACGUCAUCCGCGACGCUGUGACUUACACCGAGCACGCCAAGCGCAAGACGGUGACUGCGAUGGACGUCGUGUACGCCCUCAAGCGCCAGGGCCGCACCCUCUACGGCUUCGGUGGCUAAGCGACUCGCUCCGCGGAUAUCCAGACCAGCGUCCACGAAA